AUGGCAUAUUCAAACGGCUUUUUUGCAAACUACCCUAUAAUUGAAUCUAAAGAACCACUGAACGGACCAAAAAAUGUUUUUGCAGAGCCAUGGAAUCGAAGCGAUGUUACUUUGGCUAUAGAAAACUACACAUUUCACGUCCACAAAAGUAUUUUGACCAUGCAAUCACCUGUGUUUGAGGCGAUGCUGAAUGGUCAUUUCAAAGAAGCUUGGCAAAGCAGAAUUACCUUGGAAAACAAAACGUACAAGCCCAUGGUUGAGUUGCUGAAGCUUUUCUAUCCCCCCAACAUGAUCGAAGGCGAAAAGGUUGUUAUUUGCGACGAAAACGUCAUGCCAAUUCUGGAACUAGCGGACGAGUUUCAGGCAGUCAAUGUAAUCAAGCAAUGUAUUGAUGACUUUAUUAACAGCGACCAGGUUACUUCGCAAAACGUCUUAAGAAUUUUGCCGUAUGCUUUUCGUUAUUACGAGUCAGCUAUACCGAAGCUAUCUGAAGUGGUUAAUCGUAGUGUGUCAGUAACACGCCUGAAAGAAUUCCACUCAAAAAUGACAGACGAAAAGGAUGCGGGUAAAAGCACUCACAUGAUAUGGGGUAAGUUCUUCCACCUGGAAAAAGUUGCAGGAAAAAGUUACGACGUCAUAACUUCAGUCUUUGAUCAUUUCGUUCGGCAAAUGCCGUUCCGGCUCCAAGUAGCAGAUUCCCGGCUCCAAAUAGUAGAUCUCUUCAACCCAAUCUGUGAAGGUUGUGGCAGGCGAAUUGCCAGUGUCAAUUUGAACUCAUUUGCCGGAAUGAAGGGAUGCAAGAAAUGUUUGCAAAGAUGGAAAGAUAGGUUUUACUCUGAUAUCCCACAGAAUGUAAGAGAAAUGUUAUGGGAACUACUGUUACAAGUUGAAGACAUUUCAACUGCUUCUAAAGAACAGUCACAAUAA